GAGAUGACCCAUUCCUGGCCUCCUCCUCUUACUGCUAUUCACACUCCUGGCAAGGCUGAGCAGAACAAGUUUUCUAUCCCAAGCAAGGUACAGGACUCCCAACAUCUGACCUCAGGAUACAAUGUACAAAAGUGGAGUGAUCCAGCAGGGAAAGUUGCAACUAAGUCAGUGCCACAAAAGUCAAUGCUUGAGGAUGAUCUGAAACUAAGCAGUGAUGAAGAUGACAGUGAACAGGCUGCUGAAAAGACGAAAUUGAGGAACAUUCCUGUAAACAGCUUGCCGGUGCCGGCGGCACACGCAGCUGGCUUGGCCCAUUCCAGCGGCGGGGCCGGGAGCUCCAGCGAGUCCGAGAGCAGCUCCGAGUCCGACUCCGACAGCGAGAGCAGCUCCAGUGACAGUGAGUGCAACGAGGAGUCGCGCAGCGUCACACCCGAGCCUGAACCUCCCUCAACAAACAAAUGGCAGCUGGAUAAAUGGCUAAAUAAAGUGAACCCCCACAACAAGACCAUUAUCAACAAUCAAAAUGAGCCUCACAGCGAAACCAGUUCCCAGGCCCAGAGCAACCAGCAGGCCGAAGGGCCAAACAAAGGGAAGCUCAACAGCAGCCUGCCCCCAACCGAUUCCAAAGACCGGGCAAUCCUUAGUCCCAUCCGAGAGAAAGCCAAACCGCGGGUUGCCCAGAAAACCCCAGAGGCAAAAAGCUCCAAGCAGAAGUCACCAGCUCAUAAUGAGCCAACUUCACAAAGGACUACUGGGAAAAAGCAACCCAAAAAGGUAGAAAGGACUUCCAGUGUAGAAGAGUAUAACUGGCCCAAACCAAAUAAUACCAGCAACACUCCCAAAGAAAAAGACACACAGGAACCCCCCGAGCAGCCAAAGGUUCGAACUAAAGCAGCAGUUGGGAAGACCGCUCCAAGGAAAGAACCACGAACUAGCACAGGGCUCACUUCCGAGAAGAAAAAGUACAGAGGCCCCAGCAAAAUUGUCCCUAAGUCCCGGGAAUUCAUUGAAACGGAUUCAUCUACUUCUGACUCAAAUACAGACCAGGAGGAGAGCUUGCAGGCUAAGGUAUUGCCAGCGUGCGCUGGGUCUGGCAACGGUGUCAAAGCGAAGGACUCUGGCAGUAACAUUCUCAGCGUAAGUAGUUUAACCAGCAAUGGCAGCAACACGUCCAUUGACCAGACCAGCAAUGACCUGGAGGAGCAGCUCUUUUCUCCUAUCCCAGUCGUACAAAAUGAACUUCUGUCCCCACUCAGAGAAUAUGAAGAACUCAAAUCUCUGUGGGUGAAAAUAGACCUCAGUUUACUCUCUAGGAUACCUGGACAAGAGCCUUUUGAGACCACAUCUGUGAAAAGUGAACCAAGAGAGACAAAUAUGAAACACAGGCGGCCAUCUCGAGAGUCCCCUACCCCAGCAGCUGAAAAACCACCCACGAAAUCCAAAAGGAAACACAAGCAGACAGAAAGCCUGGAUACCUUUGUUGAAAGCAAGAAGCAGCGCCUGGACGACCCUUCAGCUUCAUGCCUGCUCCCACCUUGUAUCUCUCCGAUACCAAAUCACAGAUUAACCAGCACUAAAGAGAGCAGCAGUAGCUCAGUGAAGAAGGUGGCAAAGAAAAGAGAAGAGAAGCUGUUCCCUCCUCCAUUAUCCCCUCUCUUGGAUGAGCCUGUGCACCGGCGGCACAGCAGUGACAACAGCUCCUUCAGCCAAGAGACCAACAUCACAAACACAUCUCAGACCAGCAACUCGUCUUCCUCUGUUUCUAAACACAGAAAGAAUGAAAAUAAAUCCUCUUCUAACCCCAAAGGAAUCUGUGAGGAAGAAUCUCACAAUACACCAACAGCCAACACUCUCCUUGACACCAGCCAUCUAGAAGCAGACAUCUGGUCUGCAAUGCCAACACUUUCCAAUGGAAACGCUGAGCCCAGAAGACCCAAAAUAACAUUUGAUGAUGCGCUUCACAAUGCGGAUUAUUACAUGCAAGAGGCUAAGAAGCUGAAGCAUAAAGCAGAUGCAUUGCUGGAGAAGUUCGGAAAAGCAGUGAAUUAUGCUGAUGCUGCCCUCUCCUUCAUCGAGUGUGGGAACGCUAUGGAGCGAGAUCCAUUAGAAGCUAAAUCUCCAUACACCAUGUACUCAGAGACUGUGGAACUCAUCAGGUAUGCAAUGAGACUCAAGAAUUUCACAGGCUCUUCUGCCACAGAAGGGGACAAGAAAUUAGCAGUUUUAUGCUACCGAUGCUUAUCGCUUCUCUACUUGAGAAUGUUUAAACUAAAGAAGGACCAUGCUAUGAAGUACUCCAGAUCUCUGAUGGAAUAUUUUAAGAACUCUUCAAAAGCCUCACAGGCCCCCUCACCUUGGGGCGGCAAUGGAAAGUGA